GGCGCUGUGCGUUUCAAAGCUGAUGGAGCGACUUCACACCACCAAAGAAGUAAAUGCUAUUCCGUUAGCAAGUUGACGGUAAAUAAACAAUUAAUAAUAAACGAAGCUGACGGUGAGAGACAUGUCGGCUGAUACAAAGAUAGCAGAGCUGCUCACUGAGCUCCACCAGCUCAUCAAACAGACGCAGGAGGAGAGGUCACGCAGCGAACACAAUCUGCUCAACAUCCAGAAAACACACGAGAGGAUGCAGACAGAAAACAAAACUUCUCCAUACUACCGCACUAAACUGAGGGGGCUGUACACCACAGCCAAAGCAGAUGCUGAGGCAGAGUGCAGCAUCCUGCGUCACGCUCUCGAUAAAAUAGCAGAAAUCAAAUCUCUGCUGGAGGAGAGGAGGAUCGCGGCUAAGAUGGCAGGAGUUUACAACGACAGCGACCCUCCCAGGAAGACGAUGAGACGCGGCGUCUUAAUGACGCUUCUCCAGCAGUCGGCCAUGACGCUCCCCCUGUGGAUCGGCAAACCCGGAGAAAGCCCUCCUCCGCUGUGCGGGGCGAUCCCGGCCAGCAGCGACUAUGUGGCCAAACAGGGCGACAAGGUGGCGGCGAGGGUGAAAGCCGUGGACGGAGACGAGCAGUGGAUCCUGGCUGAGGUGGUCAGCUACAGCCACUCCACCAACAAAUAUGAAGUAGACGACAUCGAUGAAGAAGGGAAAGAGAGACACACCCUGAGCAGGCGGCGGAUCAUCCCUCUUCCUCAGUGGAAGGCCAACCCGGAGACAGACCCCGAGGCCCUGUUCAGCAAGGACCAGCUGGUGCUGGCCCUCUACCCCCAGACCACCUGCUUCUACCGGGCCCUGAUCCACACUCCACCACACAGGCCUCAGGACGACUACUCGGUUCUGUUUGAGGACACUUCGUACGCCGACGGUUACUCUCCUCCGCUCAACGUGGCCCAGCGAUACGUGGUGGCCUGCAAGGAGAACAAGAAGAAAUGAGCUGGUAGAUAAAGGCCAAAAUAAAGCCUGUGUAAGCUUUAUGACCUUUUUAAACAGACCAUAUUUCCAUUUUUUUGAGAGAAGUUCGGGAAUUCUCAACCCUCUUUGUGGAGCAGACAUUUCCAUCCACCUCUGAUCUCACCGGACCAUGUCCUGAAGGUCUCAUAGAAAGAAACCAGCAAACCUCAAACCUUUUCCUGGAGCUCCACCUGCUGGCCAGAAGAAGAACGGCAGCCCAGCAUGCCGCUGGUAUUUGGUUCUUCUGCAGCUUUCAGGGUCCAAACUGUAUUUUGUUUAUGUGUCAGGAGCUGAUGUUUGCUGUGGUGUCCACAAAUACACUGGUUUUACAUCUG